UGCUGCCCAUGCUAUGCAGCUACAUGUCUCACUGGUGGGAGCACGGCCCAGAGAACAACCCUCCAGAGACUGCAGACAGCUGCUGUACUCACCUCACCUCAGACCACAUGAAUAGUCUACUGGGCAACAUCCUGAAGAUUAUCUAUAAUAACCUGGGGAUCGACGAGGGGCCUGGAUGAAACGGCUCGCAGUGUUCUCUCAGCCAAUCAUUGGUAAGGCAAAGGGGGGGCUGUUGAAGACCCACUUUCUGCCGCUGAUGGAGAAGUUGAGGAAGAAGGCUGCCACCGUACUGCAGGAUGAGGAACAGAUGAAGGCCGAGGGACGAGGGGAGAUGUCUGAGGCUGAACUACUCAUCCUGGAUGAGUUUACCAUCCUGAUCAGAGACCUCUAUGCCUUUUAUCCGCUACUCAUCCGCUUUGUAGACUACAACAGGGCCAAAUGGCUGAAAGAAUCAAACCCUGAGGCUGAGGAGCUCUUCCGCAUGGUAGCAGAGGUCUUCAUAUUCUGGUCCAAGUCUCAUAAUUUUAAACGGGAGGAGCAGAACUUUGUGGUUCAGAAUGAGAUCAACAAUAUGUCCUUCCUCAUCACAGACACCAAGUCAAAGAUGUCCAAGGGAGCCGUGUCCGACCAGGAGAGGAAGAAGAUGAAGAGGAAGGGUGAUCGCUACUCCAUGCAGACCAGCCUCAUCGUAGCAGCGUUGAAGAGACUACUUCCUGUAGGACUGAAUAUCUGCGCUCCAGGAGACCAGGAACUGAUCGCUCUGGCCAAGAUCCGCUUCAGUCAGAAAGACACAGAGGACGAGGUGCGGGAGAUCAUCAGAAACAACCUGCACCUGCAGGGAAAGCUGGAGGACCCUGCUAUCCGCUGGCAGAUGGCUCUGUAUAAGGAUCUUCCUAACAGGAGCGAGGACACGUCAGACCCGGAGAAGACUGUAGAGAGAGUCCUGGACAUCGCUCACGUCCUCUUCUAUCUAGACCAGGUGGAACAUCCGCAAAGGAGCAAAAAGGCUGUGUGGCACAAGCUGCUCUCUAAACAGAGGAAGAGGGCUGUAAGUGGCCUGUUUCAGAAUGGCUCCCUGUAUAACCUACCCAGGCACCGGGCGGUCAACCUGUUUCUACAGGGAUAUGAGAAGUCCUGGAUUGAGACUGAGGAGCACUACUUUGAGGAUAAGCUCAUAGAGGACCUGGCUAGACCUGGAGGAGAGGAGCCUCCUGAAGAAGAUGAGGGAGCCAAGAGGAUCGACCCUCUUCAUCAGCUCAUACAGUUAUUCAGUAGGACGGCCCUGACUGAGAAGUGUAAACUGGAAGAGGACAUUCUCUACAUGGCCUAUGCUGACAUUAUGGCUAAGAGCUGUCAUGAUGAAGAGGAUGAGGAUGGAGAGGAGGUGAAGAGUUUUGAAGAAAAAGAGAUGGAGAAACAGAAGCUGCUAUAUCAGCAGGCCAGGUUACACGACCGAGGUGCUGCAGAGAUGGUGCUGCAGACUAUCAGCGCCAGCAAAGGUGAGAUGGGUCCCAUGGUGGCCUCUACUCUGAAGCUGGGGAUAGCUGUCCUCAAUGGAGGCAACUCGACUGUUCAGCAGAAAAUGCUGGACUACCUGAAAGACAAGAAGGACGUGGGCUUCUUCCAGAGUCUGGCUGGUCUGAUGCAGUCGUGCAGUGUUCUGGACCUGAAUGCGUUUGAGCGCCAGAAUAAAGCAGAGGGACUGGGCAUGGUGACAGAGGAGGGAUCAGUCAUCACUCAUGAGCGUGGAGAGAAGGUGAUGCAGGACGAUGAGUUCACCUGUGACCUGUUCCGCUUCCUGCAGCUGCUUUGUGAAGGUCACAACUCAGACUUUCAGAACUACCUGCGAACUCAGACGGGGAACAACACUACGGUCAACAUCAUCAUCUCUACCGUGGACUACCUUCUGAGAGUUCAGGAAUCAAUCAGUGAUUUCUACUGGUACUAUUCGGGAAAGGACGUCAUUGAUGAACAAGGACAGCGCAAUUUCUCCAAGGCAAUUAACGUUGCGAAACAGGUCUUCAAUACUCUCACAGAGUACAUACAGGGACCGUGUACUGGGAACCAGCAGAGUCUAGCUCACAGCUGUCUGUGUUGUUGUGUUGUAGGGACCGUGUACUGGGAACCAGCAGAGUACUGGGAACCAGCAGAGUCUAGCUCACAGCCGUCUGUGGGACGCUGUCGUUGGCUUCCUCCAUGUCUUCGCUCACAUGCAGAUGAAGCUGUCACAG